AUUUUAUUCACUAUAUUGGAGCCAUAGAUGGCAAGCACGUUAUUAUUCAAUGUCCCAAUAAUGCUGGAUCAGCGUUUUUUAAUUAGAAAAAGUCACAGUAUAGUACUCAUGGCUAUUUGCGACGCAAAUUACAUUAUCCGUUGUGUGGAUAUUGGGGCUUAUGGCCGAAGAAGUGAUGGCGAUAUUUUUAAGGACAGUGCUAUAGGAAAAGCAUUUGAAGAUCGAAUAAAUAUCCCACAGCCAGCAGCAAUUAAGGAAGGAGGACUUAUUUUACCAUAUUGUCUUGUGGGAGACGAAGCCUUUCCUUUAAAAUCAUAUUUACUUCGUCCGUAUCCGGGAAGAGGUGGACUUACACCAGAACAAGAUAUAUACAAUUAUCGUUUAAGUCAUGCAAGACGAAUAAUAGAAAACACAUUCGGUAUAAUCGCCAGUCAAUGGAGAGUAUAUAGAAAACCAAUUAUCGCCAGUCCUAUAUAUACAGGGUGUCUCAGAAAAUGUUACUGAAACACAGUGGGGACAUAGAUUGG